UCAUUCAUUCAUAAAUGAGAGAAUAAUUUCUGGUUGUGUCAAACAUGGGCAAAAAUUUUAAUAAUUCAACAGAUCUCGAUAACCCAGAAUCUGGCACAAUUUACUUAAAUGCACUAUUUUAUACGUUUAUUAUUAGUGUAUCAGUGGUAGUGACGCUCGGAAAUCUGGCCGUUAUUUUAGCCAUGGUUGUUCACAAGUCUCUGAGAACUCCGCCCCAUUUGUACCUCGGGUCUCUAGCACUGAUUGACUUUUCCGUCGGAGUUUUCAUCCUUCCUCUAAGACUACAUCAAGUCAUGAACAACGGUUUGUGGGACUUUGGUGAAACAAUGUGUGGAAUAUAUGUCACUGCAGAUGUUACGUUAUGUACACUGUCAAUUUAUCAUUUAAUUGCAAUCGCCAUGGACAGGUACAGAGCAAUAACGCAAGGGGUCAAAUACGUCCAAACACGCUCUUUCACAAUGGUAGCUACAACCAUUGUUUUCCUAUGGGUGAUUUCUCUAUGGGUGUCUACACCACCUUUCCUUGGGUGGCAUGAUGACGACUGGGGGUUGAAAGUUGACCAAGAAAACAACAACAAACCAAUAUGCGUCUACACUCAAAACAGGGGAUAUGUCUUCCACUCUGCGCUGGGAACAUUCAUUCUGCCAACCAUCAUUAUCAUCGUCCUCUAUUACAGGAUUUUUGCUGGAAUUCAAGCCAAACUUCGCAAAAGAGCCUUACCUGUGUCAAUGGGGCAACACUUCGACAGUAAUAAAUCUGCCGGAGAAACGUCAGAUACAUUUUCAUCUGAAGAUAUUCUUGAGCAAAAUUGUGUCAAUCUAAAAAAUGAAUCUGAAACAACUCUUAAUAAACGAAUCAAGUUUCAAUUCACAAGAAUUCGGCGUAGCAUUUUUCCAACUCCAGCAGAAGUCCCCACCUCUUCGAAUUCUUUGGAGAUGGUGCAGACAUCGGAGACAACUACAACAGAGGGAUUAAACGACCACAGUAACAGCGCUAAAAUAAAUACCAAGAGCAUUUUACGCAAGCAAAAAUCGAAUCCUCAAGACAAAAGGCCACUGUCUCAGGUGGAAGAGUUUGUCCGUAAAAAGAUUAAGUUUUCCCUGACCAAAGAGAGACGAGCUUCAAAAAUGUUGGGAGUGAUCAUCGGAUCCUUUUUAUUUUGUUGGGCCCCGUUCUUUACAAUGUAUCUAAUUGAUGCAUUCUUUUACCCUUUAUCACAUUCCGUAUGGUUUGAGGUGUCUUCUUGGAUGGGAUAUGUAAAUUCGGGGAUUAAUCCAUUCAUCUACAAUUUCAAGGAUAAAGAUUUUAGACGUGCUUUCUCUAAAAUGAUAUUUUUCUGGAGAAAAUAAAAAAUCCGACCAGAAUUGUAAUCGCAUUAUAUAUGCUAAUUUUAUUCUUUGUUUCAAAACAAUCUUAUUCGCAUCCAUAAACAUAUUUUAUAUACUAAAUAUUAUCCUCUGCAAUGUAACACUACUUGUGUAUUUAUAAUUAAUUUGUAAUAAUGCGCAGUAAUUUACGAAGAAACGCAAUAAGUUAACGG